ACUGGCUGGGAGGUGGUGGCGCACGUCUUUAAUCCCAGCACUCUGGAGGCAGAGGCAGGCGGACCUCUGUGAGUUCCAGGCUAGCCUGGUCUAUUAAGUGAGUUCUGGGACAGCCAGAGCUACACAGAGAAACUCUCUCGAAAAACAAAACAAAAAAGAAUCUUGACUGAGGCCCUGCAGUGACCUGGCUUCAUUUAAUUGGGAAAAGUUCACAUUUUGGACACCUAGGACUUUUUCCUAGGGCCAUGGCGGAGUCACAGCUUCUGGCACCAGAGCUAAGCGACGCAGAGCUGAUGGGUGAUGAGACCGUGCGCUUUCAGGAGCUUCUGCUGCAGGCUUCUAAAGAGCUCCAGCAAGCCCAGACAGCCAGGGCAGGAUCUACACAGAUCCAGCCCCAGCCUGGUUUCUGCGUAAAGACCAACUCAUCGGAAGGAAAGGUUUUCAUCAACAUCUGCCACUCUCCCUCCAUCCCUCCCCCGGCGGACGUGACUGAGGACGAGCUGCUUCAGAUGCUGGAGGAGGACCAAGCCGGCUUCCGCAUCCCCAUGAGCUUGGGAGAGCCACAUGCCGAGCUGGAUGCCAAAGGCCAGGGCUGUACUGCCUAUGACGUCGCCGUCAAUAGCAACUUCUACUUGAGGAUGCAGAACAGCGAUUUCUUGCGGGAACUGGUGGUCACCAUCGCCAGGGAGGGCCUUGAGGACAAGUAUGGCUUACAGCUAAAUCCAGAGUGGCGCAUGUUGAAGUACCGGCCUUUCCUGGGCUCCAUCUCACAGCAGAACAUCCGUUCCCAGCAGCGCCCUCGGAUCCAGGAGCUGGGGACCCCGGGCACAGAUGACUCACUGCGAACCUGGCGCGGUCCAGAGCGGCCUCACCUGAACCUUUGGUUGGAAGCCCCAGACCUCCUCUUGGCUGAAGUUGACCUCCCUAAGCUGGAUGGAGCCCAAGGGCUGACACUGGAGCUCGGAGAAAAUCGGCUGGUGAUGGGAGGCCCCCAGCAGCUCUACCAUCUCGAUGCCUCCAUUCCCCUGCGGAUCAACACUGAGGCAAGCAGGGCAGCGUUCCACCACAGGAGAAAGCAACUGAUGGUGUCCAUGCCCCUCCUGUCAGUGUCUUCUUGACCAGAGUGCUCUGUAUUUCCAGAUGUGCCUUCUCCAAGAGAGGAAUAAACAGUUCUCCAUUUCUUUCCACACCACACAUCUUCCGAUACUGACACGGGAGGGUGGACACUGAUUCAGU